AUGGCUCAGGUCGCACCGGAAUACGACGGCCCCAAGCUCGCCGUUGACGCUCAUGUGAAAUACAUCCAAAGCUUGGACACCAGGAAGGAUGAGCUGGAUUACUGGCUGACCGAGCACUUGCGACUCAACGGUCUCUAUUGGGGGUUGAAUGCUCUCUACUUGCUUGGCCGCCCCGACGCCCUUCCACGUCAAGAGAUUCUCGCCAUGACAGAUGCCUUCGACCAGCUAGAAGCCAAAGGCAAAGGAAAGAGUCAAGUCGGCAAGUACAUCGCAGAACUGCAAAACCGAGAGACAGGAACGUUUGCUGGUGAUGAAUGGGGCGAGGAGGACACGCGGUUCCUGUACGGUGCCUUUAACGCCCUCUCCCUCCUCGGACUCAUGUCCAUGGUCGACGUCGAGAGGGCUGUCACUCACAUCAUCGCUUGUGCCAACUUCGAUGGUGGUUAUGGAACGGGACCCGGUGCGGAGUCGCAUUCGGGCCAGAUCUUCACUUGUGUAGCUGCACUUGCGAUUGCGGGUCGUCUCGACCUUGUCGACAAGGAAAAGCUCGGUCGAUGGUUGAGUGAGAGACAAGUCCCUUGUGGUGGUCUUAACGGCCGACCAGAGAAGAAAGAAGACGUCUGCUACAGCUGGUGGGUGUUGAGCAGUCUCGCGAUGAUCGAUCGGACUCACUGGAUCGACCGUGACGCCCUCAUCGCCUUCAUCCUGCAAUGUCAAGAUACCCAGAUUGGCGGAAUUUCCGAUCGACCUGGCGACAUGGUCGACGUGUGGCAUACUCAGUUCGGCUUGUGCGGUUUGAGUCUCCUGGGCUAUCCGGGCCUCGAGGCCGUGGACCCCGUGUACUGCAUGCCUAAGACGACCACGCAAAGAAUCUUUGGUUGA